GCGGCGGGGCCGGCGGGGCGCGCAGAGGAGCUGGCCGCGGCGCGAAGGCGGCCGGAGUCCGGCCCCGCCAUGGGCUUCCUGCAUCAGCUGCAGCUGCUGCUCUGGAAGAACGUGACGCUGAAGCGCCGGAGCCCGUGGGUCUUGGCCUUUGAGAUCUUCAUUCCUCUGGUCCUCUUCUUCAUUCUGCUGGGGCUUCGGCAGAAGAAACCGACCAUCUCUGUGAAGGAAGUCUCUUUCUACACAGCCGCGCCUCUCACCUCUGCUGGCAUCCUACCUGUCAUGCAGUCUCUGUGCCCGGAUGGCCAGCGAGACGAGUUUGGCUUCCUGCAGUACGCCAACUCCACGGUCACUCAGCUGCUGGAGCGCCUCAACCGUGUGGUGGAGGAGAGCAACCUGUUCGACCCUGCGCGGCCCAGCUUGGGCUCGGAGCUCGAGGCCCUGCGCCAGCACCUGGAGGCCCUCCGCUCCGGCCCGGACACCUGGGAGAGCCACUUGGACAGACCUACAGUGUCCUCCUUCUCUCUGGGCUCGGUGGCCAGGGACCCACGGGAGCUCUGGCGUUUCCUGGUGCAGAAUCUGUCGCUACCUAAUAGCACAGCUCAGGCCCUCCUGGCUGCCCAGGUGGACCUGCCUGAGGUCUAUCACCUGCUUUUUGGCCCUUCGCCUGCCCUAGAUGUGGGGUCAGGACUCCCCAGGGGUCGGGACCAGCCCUGGAGCCGCCUGGGUAGCAAUCCCCUAUUCCGGAUGGAGGAGCUGCUGUUGGCCCCUGCCCUGCUGGAACAACUCACCUGUACACGGGGCUCUGGGGAGCUAGGCCGGAUCCUCACUGUGUCCCAGGGUCAGCAGACAGCACUGCAGGGCUACCGGGAUGCUGUCUGCAGUGGGCAGCCUGCAGCCCGUGCCCAGCGAUUUUCUGGGCUGGCUGCUGAGCUCCACAACCAGUUGGAUGUGGCCAAGAUUGCCCAGCAGCUGGGCCUGGAUGCCCCCAACGCCUCGGUUCCCCAGCAGCAGCCGCCACCCCCACAGCGACUGCAGGCGCUGCUGGAGGACCUGCUGGACGCCCAAAAAGUUCUGCAGGAUGUGGAUGUCCUCUCAGCCCUGGCCCUGCUGCUGCCCCAGGGCGCCUGCGCCCGCCGUGCACCAGGCCCCCCAGCCAGCGGCCCUGGAAGGACAGCCAAUGGCACCGGAGCUGCGGGGGGCACGAGCUCCAACUCCACCGUGGAGGAGGGCGCCCCGUCCGCUGCGGCUCCGGCCUCCUCGGACGCGCUGCAGGGUCAGUGCUCCGCCUUCGUGCAGCUCUGGGCUGGCCUGCAGCCCAUCCUGUGUGGCAACAACCGCACCAUCGAGCCGGAGGCGCUGCGGCAGGGCAACAUGAGCUCCCUGGGCUUCACGAGCAAGGAGCAGCGGAACUUGGGCCUUCUCGUGCACCUUAUGACCAGCAAUCCCAAGAUCCUGUACGCGCCGGCGGGAUCUGAGGCAGACCGCGUCAUCCUCAAGGCCAACGAGACCUUUGCCUUUGUAGGCAAUGUGACCCACUAUGCCCAAGUGUGGCUCAACAUCUCUGCCGAGAUCCGCAGCUUCCUGGAGCAGGGCAGGCUGCAGCAGCACCUGCACUGGCUGCAGCAGUAUGUGGCAGAGCUGCGGCUGCACCCCGAAGCGCUGAACCUGUCCCUGGAGGAGCUACCGCCUGCCCUGCGUCAGGACAACUUCUCACUGCCCAACGGCUCGGCCCUCCUGCAGCAGCUGGACACCAUUGACAACGCGGCCUGCGGCUGGAUCCAGUUCAUGUCCAAGGUGAGUGUGGACAUCUUCAAGGGUUUUCCCGAUGAAGAGAGCAUCGUCAACUAUACCCUCAACCAGGCCUACCAGGACAAUGUCACCGUGUUCGCCAGCGUGAUCUUCCAGACCCGCAAGGACGGUUCCCUGCCGCCCCACGUGCACUACAAGAUCCGCCAAAACUCCAGCUUCACAGAGAAAACCAAUGAGAUCCGCCGGGCUUACUGGCGGCCGGGGCCCAACACGGGCGGCCGCUUCUACUUCCUGUAUGGCUUCGUCUGGAUCCAGGACAUGAUGGAGCGUGCCAUCAUCAACACCUUUGUGGGGCACGACGUGGUGGAGCCUGGCAACUACGUACAGAUGUUUCCCUAUCCCUGCUACACCCGAGAUGAUGGGUCAUGGGCAGCCCUUUCACAGCACCUGGAGCAAAGUCUGGACGCGCUGCACUUGAGCAGCUUCGGGCUGACGGACACCACGCUGGAGGAGGUAUUCCUCAAGGUGUCGGAGGAGGACCAGUCUCUGGAGAACAGCGAGGCCGACGUGAAAGAGUCCAAGAAGGAUGCCUCGCCGGGGGCGGCGCGCGCUGGCGGCCUGGCCCGGUGCACGGAGCUGGCGCAGUCCCAGGCGUCCCUGCAAUCCGCAUCCUCCGUGGGCUCUGCCCGUGGUGAUGAGGGAGCCCCCUACGUGGAUGGCUGUGGCGACUACCGCCCCCUCUUUGACGACCUACAGGACCCUGACAACGUCAGCCUGCAAGAAGCUGAGGCGGAGGCCCUGACGAGGGUUGGCCAGGGCAGCCGCAAGCUGGAAGGCUGGUGGCUGAAGGUGCGCCAGUUCCACGGGCUCCUGGUGAAGCGCUUCCACUGCGCCCGCCGCAACUCGAAGGCGCUCUCCUCCCAGAUCCUGCUCCCCGCCUUCUUUGUCUGCGUGGCCAUGACCGUGGCCCUCUCCGUCCCUGAGAUUGGUGACCUGCCCCCACUGGUCCUGUCACCCUCCCAGUACCACAACUACACCCAGCCCCGCGGCAACUUCAUCCCCUACGCCAAUGAGGAGCGCCAGGAGUACCGAUUGCGACCUUCGCCGGACGCCAGCCCCCAGCAGCUGGUGAGCACGUUCCGGCUGCCGUCGGGUGUGGGUGCCACCUGUGUGCUGAAGUCUCCGGCCAACGGCUCCCUGGGGCCCGUGCUGAACCUGAGCAGCGGCGAGUCCCGCCUGCUGGCCGCGACAUUCUUCGACAGCAUGUGCCUGGAGUCCUUCACGCAGGGGCUGCCGCUGUCCAACUUCGUGCCGCCCCCACCCUCCCCCGCUCCGUCUGACUCCCCUGUGUCCCCAGAGGAGGACCCGCUGCAGGCCUGGAAUGCUUCUCUGCCCCCUACCUCUGGGCCAGACAACUGGACGUCGGCACCGUCCUUGCCACGCCUGGUGCGGGAGCCCAUCCGUUGCACCUGCUCUGCACAAGGCACUGGCUUCUCCUGCCCAGGGGGUGUGGGUGGGCAUCCACCCCAGAUGCGGGUGGUCACAGGAGACAUCCUGACGGACAUCACUGGCCACAAUGUCUCCGAGUACCUGCUCUUCACCUCUGACCGCUUCCGGCUGCACCGGUAUGGGGCCAUCACCUUUGGCAAUGUCCAGAAGUCCAUCCCAGCAUCAUUUGGUGCCCGGGCCCCAGUCAUGGUGCGGAAGAUCGCGGUGCGCAGGGCAGCCCAGGUUUUCUACAACAACAAGGGUUACCACAGCAUGCCCACUUACCUCAAUAGCCUGAACAAUGCUAUCCUGCGCGCCAACCUGCCCAAGGGCAAGGGCAACCCAGCGGCCUAUGGCAUCACUGUCACCAACCACCCCAUGAACAAGACGAGCGCCAGCCUCUCCCUGGACUACCUGCUGCAGGGCACGGACGUGGUCAUUGCCAUCUUCAUCAUUGUGGCCAUGUCCUUCGUGCCAGCCAGCUUUGUGGUCUUCCUGGUGGCCGAGAAGUCUACCAAGGCCAAGCACCUGCAGUUUGUCAGUGGCUGUAACCCUGUCAUCUACUGGCUCGCCAACUACGUGUGGGACAUGCUUAACUACCUGGUCCCAGCCACCUGCUGCGUCAUCAUCCUGUUUGUGUUCGACUUGCCGGCCUACACGUCACCCACCAACUUCCCGGCCGUGCUCUCUCUCUUCCUGCUCUAUGGGUGGUCCAUCACCCCCAUCAUGUACCCGGCCUCCUUCUGGUUCGAGGUACCCAGCUCAGCCUACGUGUUUCUCAUUGUCAUCAACCUCUUCAUCGGCAUCACGGCCACGGUGGCCACCUUCCUGCUGCAGCUCUUCGAGCAUGACAAGGACUUGAAGGUGGUCAAUAGUUACCUUAAAAGCUGCUUCCUCAUCUUCCCUAACUACAACCUGGGCCACGGGCUCAUGGAGAUGGCCUACAACGAGUACAUCAACGAGUACUACGCCAAGAUCGGCCAGUUUGACAAGAUGAAGUCCCCGUUCGAGUGGGACAUUGUCACCAGGGGGCUGGUGGCCAUGACGGUCGAAGGCUUCGUCGGCUUCUUCCUCACCAUCAUGUGCCAGUACAAGUCCCUGAGGCAGCCACAGCGAAUGCCAGUGUCUACCAAGCCCGUGGAGGACGAUGUGGACGUGGCCAGCGAGCGGCAACGGGUGCUGCGGGGGGACGCUGACAAUGAUAUGGUCAAGAUCGAGAACCUGACCAAGGUGUACAAGUCUCGGAAGAUUGGCCGCAUCCUGGCGGUGGACCGCUUGUGCCUGGGCGUGCGUCCUGGCGAGUGCUUCGGCCUCCUGGGCGUGAACGGCGCGGGCAAGACCAGCACCUUCAAGAUGCUGACGGGUGACGAGAGCACAACGGGGGGCGAGGCCUUUGUCAACGGGCACAGCGUGCUCAAGGAGCUGCUCCAGGUGCAGCAGAGUCUGGGGUACUGCCCGCAGUUCGACGCCCUGUUCGACGAGCUCACAGCCCGGGAGCACUUGCAGCUGUACACGCGGCUCCGCGGCAUCCCCUGGAAGGACGAGGCGCGGGUGGUGAAGUGGGCCCUGGAGAAGCUGGAGCUGAGCAAGUACGCGGACAAGCCCGCAGGCACCUACAGCGGGGGCAACAAGCGGAAGCUGUCUACAGCCAUUGCCCUCAUCGGGUACCCCGCCUUCAUCUUCCUGGAUGAGCCCACCACAGGCAUGGACCCCAAGGCCCGUCGCUUCCUUUGGAACCUCAUUCUGGACCUCAUCAAGACAGGGCGCUCGGUGGUGCUGACGUCCCACAGCAUGGAGGAGUGUGAGGCGCUGUGCACGCGUCUCGCCAUCAUGGUGAACGGGCGCUUGCGCUGUCUGGGCAGCAUCCAGCACCUGAAGAACCGGUUUGGGGAUGGCUACAUGAUCACGGUGAGGACCAAGAGCAGCCAGAACGUGAAGGAUGUGGUGCGGUUCUUCAACCGGAACUUUCCAGAGGCUGUGCUCAAGGAGCGUCACCACACGAAGGUGCAGUACCAGCUCCAGUCGGAGCACAUCUCACUGGCUCAGGUGUUCAGCAAGAUGGAACAGGUGGUGGCUGUGCUUGGCAUCGAGGACUACUCUGUCAGCCAGACCACCCUGGACAACGUGUUUGUGAACUUUGCCAAGAAGCAGAGUGACAACCUGGAGCAGCAGGAAACAGAGCCACCCUCGGCCCUGCGGUCACCCCUGGGCCGCCUGCUUAGCCUCUUCCGGCCCCGGCCUGCCCCCACAGAGUUAAGGGCACUUGUGGCUGAUGAGCCUGAGGACCUGGACACAGAAGAUGAGGGCCUCAUCAGCUUCGAGGAGGAGCGGGCCCAGCUCUCCUUCAACACGGACACACUCUGCUGACCACCAGGCGCUGGCUCAAGGACAUGCAGUGGGGACAGAAGUUAGGCGGUGGCCGAGGCCCCACCCCGUGCCCCCAGUGCCCGCCCACAAGGCCCUGGAACGGGAGGUCCAGGACCUAGGGUUUCCUGCCCCCUCCAGCCCCUCACCCGUCCUCAGCCCUGCCUGAGGCCACUGCGCUGCCCUCCCCUGAUUGUGCCAAAGGUUGGCCUGGCCCUGGGCUGCGCACACCCUCACCCUGCUCUGCCUUAAAGCCUUGGGGUCUGGCCGGCCCCUAGUCUCUGCCCCUUUCCAGCUCUGCCCGCCACCCCUAGGGCCACUGGGGUGACACAGGCCACCAGGUACUACCAGACUCUCUGCUGGCCAGGCCUGACCUUCUGAAUGGGCUUUUCUCUGAUCCUCAGUACUGAUGGGCCGGUCUGGGGCUGAGGAUGGGGACUGGGGUAGGUCCUGUCUCCAGGCCCUUAUUUAUUUUGCUUUAGGAAGAGGCUUCCUCAUCUUGCUGUCAAGCAGGGAGGCCCCCACCUGAGGGAAGCCCUGGGCGUGGGCCAGGGAGGGGCGGCCUCAAGGUGGUGGGCCGGGUGGCAGGAAUGGAGAAGCUGGACCCACUGGCCGGCAAGGGGCCAGACCCCCUCCCCACCCCCUUCCAGCUGCCAUUGCUCUCCCCAGCUUGGCCCCCUGCACACCCACCCACCCGGGAGCCGGACCUGUACAUAGCGCACAGAUGUUUGUUUUAAAUAAAUAAACAAAAA